GGAGGUCAAAGGAGGCCGGAUGUCCUUUCGCCUUUCGACGUCCUUGGAAAGGAACAGGUCUUGAUCGUCAUCAUCCUGAUCUCGUCCUGAUCGCUUAGACUUAACCGAAGCUUCUUUCCUCUUGAAACGCUUCCCCAACCCUCAUCACACCUCCUUUGUUUGAGCUUCUCGGCUUACCCGGCUUGCGUAUAAGAGCGUAACCCAAGGUCGGACCGGCGAUUCUUCUCACUCAAUCCAUCGUACCUCGCCUUGCACAUCUUCGUCAACCACCCCACUACCACUCAACAUCACUGUCGCCACGACUCACGACGACCAUGUCACAACCUCCCCUCACCCCGUCAUACCUCCGCUCCCUCCCCUCAAUCCGCCAACGCUCUUCACUCGUCUACUCCCUCGCCGCCCAGGGUAAACUCCAACAUUUCACCUUGCACGAAGAUAAACUGGAUACGGUCGUCGAUUACUGUAUCCGGGUUAUCAAACGGGAUUACGGAGAGGAUUAUGAGAAGAUCCCGGGACAUUCACGGUGGAGGCAUUUCGUCACGCCUCAAAGGGGGGAUCUUUUAGGUGGGGUCAUCGAGGGGUGGGAGGGAGAGAAGGUGGGGAAGAGGGAAGUAGCGAGGAGGUUGGUGGAUCUGUUCGUGGUCAGCGUUUUGUUGGACGCUGGAGCAGGGCCGACAUGGAAGUACCUCUACGAACCCACCGGCGAGUACAUCGGGCGGUCCGAAGGGCUCGCGGUGGCUUCGCUGGACAUGUUCUUGAGCGGGGCUUUCUCUUCCUCCUCUUCUCCAAACUCGACUACGUCCUCCCCAAACUCAAGUGGUACGAACACAGAUAAAGAGCUCAGGGUGGACUCCAUCGCUCUGAAAAACCUCACCACCCAGACCAUCCGCCAAGGCCUCCAAGGGGAGACGAUGACAGGGCUGGAAGGACGGAGUGGGUUGCUCAUCCGCCUUGGGGAGGCGUUGGAAGCACGACCAGAGGUGUUUAAAGAUCCUCAAGGGGUGUUUAGGCCGGGGAAUAUGGUCGACUACCUCUACCCCGAUUCCACCAACGAGACCCAGACCUCGACCGGGACCGGACCAACGGGCAGCGCUGCGAAGAAGAUCCAAGUGGGAAAGCUCUGGGAGGUCGUCAUGGACGGCUUCGGACCCAUCUGGCCAGCCAGUCCGGAGAGGACGACGUUGGAGGGGGUGUCGUUGGGUGAUGCGUGGAAGUGCGCUGUGUUGGCCAAGGAAGAACCCGAGGUGGGGGAUGCUGCGGGGAUCGUCCCGUUCCACAAGCUCUCACAGUGGAUGACGUACUCGCUCAUGGAACCCCUCCAAAAGAUCCUGGGUGUCGAGAUCGAGGGGGUGGAGCAGAUGACCGGUCUGCCCGAGUAUAGGAACGGCGGCCUGCUCCUCGACCUUGGCUUCCUCGUCCUCAAGAACAACAAGUUUGGCGAAUGGCACAGAUCCGCCAAGUACGAUACUCCGCCCUCCACCCCGUCCGAACGGUGGACUCCUCGAGAGACCGUCGACUCGCAGACCGUCAUCGAAUGGCGUGCCCUGACGGUCAUCGCGCUCGACAAGAUCGCACAGCGGAUCAGGGAAAAGUUGAACGCGCCCGACUUGUCUACGGCGCAGGUGCUCGAGGCUGCGACGUGGAAGGCGGGGAGGGAGGUCGCCAAGGAGUUGAGGGAGGGUGGGGGGCCUCCGAUUGAGAUCAUUAGCGAUGGGACCGUGUUCUAGAGUGGAUCGCCGGGUUGGAGGGGUAUGUGGGAGUCCGCAUCUUUCGCGUUUUUGUGCAUGUGUAUGUCAGUAUGGUUCGAAUGUUUUAGCAUGUGUGGUGACAUGGAUACAAUCUAAAACAGUCGUCGAGUAGUCUAGUGAG